AUGAAUUCAGAACAAGAGAUUGCUAAUUCCAAGAUCCUCUCUAAUUCUAUUAUUCUGAAGGUUUUGGGGAAGAACAUUCCGUUCUCAAUCUGUAGCAUCGAGCUUCAUAAGCAAUGGAACCGGUUUGGGAAUUUUCACCUGACUUCCUUAGGCCUUAAUUGGAUUCUCUUCUCUUUCAAGCCCAAUGAUGUAAUGGAGGAAUUCUUAAGUGGGGGACCAUGGUAUAUUGGUGGCCACAUUGUUGGAUUAGACAAAUGGUUGCCAUCUUUUUCGCCUUUAUCCCUUAAAGGUUUAACUGUUCCGGUUUGGAUUCGCUUUCCCUUAUUUCCUUUAAAUUGCUGGGAUGAAGUCAAUAUAGCCAGAAUUGCUUUAAGAAUAGGCACCCCGAUGUUCUUAGAUGGGAAUUCUCUCAAUUGGAGCAAAAAGGAAUUUGCUCGCAUCUACGUUCGUGUUAACCUUGAAUCCAAACUCCCUUCGGGAGUCUGGGUGGACGGUUUGGGAGGUCAUUUCUUCCAAAAGGUCGAGUACAAGAAGCUAUCUUCCUUUUGCUUUCACUGUUCCAGAAUUGGUCACUUGGAAUCCAAUUGUCCUGAACGUGUGUUCAAGAAGGCUACACACAAUGAUCCGACCGAUACUGUCAAUCAGGAGACCUCUCACUCCAGUAUAUAG